UGGGAGAGGAAAGGUCUCUUGAGCUUUGCAAAGGGAGGAAUUAUUUGCAUACCGACGCUUUAGCUGUGGUAAUACAGUUUCCAUGCUGAAGAUGGACCAUGCAAACAUGACCUCAGCCAUGCUUAAUGCCGAAUCCCGCAACACAGAGAAGAACAACAGCAACGAGUAUUUCUACAUUCUGAUCGUCAUGUCUUUCUAUGGGAUCUUCCUGAUAGGGAUAAUGCUGGGCUACAUGAAAUCCAAAAGAAAAGAGAAGAAGUCUAAUUUGCUUCUGCUCUACAAAGAUGAGGAGAGAGAAUGGGGGGAAGUUGUGAAGCCUCUACCAACCAUAUCAGGGCUGAAGUCUGUCCAGAUCCCCAUGAUGCUGAACAUGCUGCAGGAGAGCAUGGUGCCAUCCCUGUCCUGUGCCAUCUGCUCGAUGGAAGGCAGCAGCGUGAGCUCCGAGUCCUCGUCCCCAGACGUGCACUUCACCAUCCAGGAGGAAGUGCUGGAUGCUGAGCUGGGGGAAGUGUCAGAAACACUCCUCAAUGAGAGCAGCGAGGGCUCUGCAGAAAACAUCCACAAGAACUCCUAGCACCUGCCGGGCUCCCUUGGUCAGCAGCCGAAGCAUGAGUGGAGCUCCCACUAAGAACUUGUGGUUCAACUUUCCUGCUCUCCAGUAACUCUACCAGUAUCUGUGCCCUGGGGCCCGAGGCUUUUCUGAAAGCUAGCAGGACAAGGAAGCAGUGGUACCAAGCUCCAAAAUGUAACUUGCACAUAAUUGGGAUGCUUAAUGUUAUUUUUUCCAUUAUUAUUUCCUACCAUAAGAGCUAAGAACAAGGAGGAUAUAUAUACAUAGAUAUAUAUUUUCCAAUGAGGUAACUAUUCCUGGCAUAUCUCUGCAUAUUUCAGAAUUCUGAAAAUAUCUGGGAAACGUUUAGAGAAGUUACCCUAGCACAAGAGCCUGACUGUAAAAGAUGAUGGUGAUGCUCAUUCACACAAAACUGUGAUAGACUAGAAUUAAUUUUACUGUGUUUUUUUUCUAUAACAAACUACACCCAACAGCAGAUUUGUUCAAUGGCCUCAAAGGCUGCAACUUUGUUGAUGCUGGUGUUGAAGGAAGAUUGAUGCAUGGCUGGAGACUGACUUUAGGCACAGAAAGAAUGAAAGAGGGGAACAAAAAAGCAAAGGAGACCCUGUAUUUCCAGGAGGUUUGUAAAGCCUAGGUUCAGAUCCAUGCCACUACAUCUGUCUUUGCUUAAGUUGUACCUGUGCUGGCUGGUUCAUGUAUGCCAACUUCUGCUGCAAUCUACCUAUUGACUCAGCUAAUAGUAGGGUAUUUUUUUCUUUUGUAUUUUUUAAAGACAUGUACAUUUGAUCACCAAAGGCAAAGAUCUGUAAGUUAAAAAAAAAAAACAAUCAAAAGAUCUUUGUUACAAGGUGCAAGAUCUAGAAAGGCUUGAACAAAUGCUGCUCUUUUACAUCCCUUGAAAAAUGGGUGGAAUUCAGAAUAGAAUUUAACCCAACAGGGGUGAAAUCCUGGCCCCACUGAAGUCACCAGCAAAAUCCUACUUACUUCAGGGGACAGGCACAAGAUUUUGUGUUUCUCUGUUGUAGUCAUAUUCUCCAUCUGAGGUCAGUAAAACUGUACCCAUUUACAUCACUAAAUAAUCUGGCCUUUCUGCUCUAUUUAAGCCAGUGUAGAUAAACAUUGCAUUAUCUCUCUUUUUUUUUUUUUUCCAUCUCGCAUGUGACAUAUGCGUUUCUCUAAAGUCAUUAGUAACUAGUUUUUAAAACUACCACAAACUUCCCCCCGUAAUUUAAUGGUACUGUGGUUUUUCAAAUGCUCAUGAACUUAGUUACUAAAUUAUUGCACUGUUAAAAGAAGUAAUGUUAAUAUUGUAGCAAUGUAUGGUUAUUUCAAUCAUACCUUAUAUUUUAUAGUAACUUAUUACUAUGUUUGGAUUAGUUCUGAAGCAUGAGGGCUAAAGAGCCUGAAUCUACAGUGUUGCAUAGCAAAAAUGCUUGCAAAAUGUCUCCAGAUAUUUCCUGUGUUAAAAUAGCUCUGUGAUUUAUCCACUGGCAUUAGAGCUUGAGAGACAGCUUGAAAAAUGAGUGCUGAAGAGCAGGAACAAGCUGAGGCGAGAGUCUGCUGUCUGCCUGCCGUUUCGUUUCAGAGGGAGA